AUGCGGCGGGAGCUGCCUGCGGCCGCCCUGGUGCUGCUGCUGCUGCCGCUAACGGUCGGUGCCGUGCCCGUGCUGAUGGCACCGGGGGCUGCACCGGACGAUGCCGCGGCUGCGCCGGACGAGUGCGGACAACGGCCGCUCACAGGAGGCACCUCGGGAUCCCGGAUCAUAGGUGGACAUGAUGCUCCGGUCGGAGCGUGGCCGUGGUUGGUGAGCCUCCAGGUUCACCGGGGUGGCGGCCGAUUCUCACACGUUUGUGGAGGAGUUUUAGUUAAUAAGAAUUCGGUACUUACCGCUGGCCACUGCGUUACAGGGAGGAAGGACCCAUAUACCUGGAGGGCUGUUUUGGGUGUGCAUAACCUUCGGAAACACAGUGGACACACAACCAGAAGAUACAUUAGAAGCAUCACUGUGCACCCAGAAUUCAAGAGAGACACGUUCGAAAAUGAUAUUGCCUUGUUUGAACUCAAUUCCGCGGUACGCUACAGCAUCUACGUUCAGCCCAUCUGCUUACCUUCUGCACACCUUUACCCACACACCACCAACGGAACCCAAUGCUUCAUUACUGGCUGGGGACGUACAACAGAAAAAGGUAAAAUUUCAGCUGUGUUACAAGAAGCACAAGUGGAAAUCAUUCCUUCUAAUGUCUGUAACAGUUCUGAUGCCUACGGAGGGCUGGUUAACGACAACAUGAUCUGUGCUGGCUCUCGAUGGGGAGGCACCGAUACCUGUCAGGGAGACAGCGGUGGACCUUUGGCGUGCUAUCACCCCCCUACCAACAGAUACUACCUCAUGGGGAUUGCUAGCUUUGGAGUUGGCUGUGGCCAACCACGAUUUCCUGGGAUCUAUGUCCGUUUAUCUCAAUACAGAAGGUGGAUAAAAUCUGAACUUCAGUUGAAUAACAAGGCUGUGAACCCCAUAAGCGUUACACUCACCAUCCUUCUGAGCGUGAUACCCACAGUACUUGUGUGGAGUCUCUAA